AUGAAGAAUCACAUCAAUCACCCUUCUUCUCUCGCUUCAAUUCGAAAGGAUUUAACAGUACCAUUAGCAACAGAAAAAGAAGCAGAAAUUGUUUAUAGAACACUUAGUGUAGACAAAGAACCAAAACGAGGAGGAGUAACAAGGAACAUUUGUUUGGAUGGAAGCCAUCUCAAUGUCCAUUUUGAAGCUACAGAAGCCAAGAUGAUGAGAGUUAGUGUAAACAACUUUUUUGACCAUUUUAACCUUGUUGUACAGACAAUCGAACAAUUUGGACCACCGAACACAUGAUAAACUCUCAUAUGAAGUGAAGUGUGAAAGUAAGAAAUAACUGAUUGAACAAGGAAGGAAGUUGAAGUUUCAAAUAUAUUCUUCGAAGCAGGACUCAUUUCUGUUGUUUUGAAGAUAGGUUUAGAAGUUUUAUUAGAAUAUGUUCAUGUUUACAAUGCCAGUAAAAAAUGGUUCUUGAAUUUGAUUCAUAUGUACAUUUUCAUAAGUUUCUCUUUAAACACAUUUUAACGUGCCAUAGGACUGAUGAAUACAUUGUCAGUGAUAUCUGAAUGAUGUUUAUAGUUUGAUUAGAUAAAUAUAAUCUUUUACCUUUAUCUACAA